AUGAAUGACGACGGCGAUGAUCCGAGCUGCUAUAUGGUUCAGGAGACUUUUGAGUACGAGUACGACGACACUUUCGACUGGGAGAAUAUGACCACUUCACAGUGCAAUUGCACUCAUCCGUUGCACCUUUUUCUAGAGGUUUGUGUCAAUAAAUGUAGCGCCGAGGAUAGCGGUCGAGUAUUGUUCUCAUUAUCCGAAGAGCAGAUAUUCGAAAUUGCUCUACCCGGACUACUCUACCUUAUUGUAUUUCUUGUAGGAACAAUUGGAAAUUCAAUGGUAAUAUUUGUUGUGAAUCGUUUCAAACGAAUGCGAAAUGUCACGAAUAUCUUCUUGGCUUCAUUGAGCACCGCCGAUUUGUGUCUCAUCUGGUUCUGUGUUCCGAUAAUGUUCAUGAAGUACAUGUCGCACUCAUGGUGGAUGGGUCGAUUCGCGUGCUAUUCGGUUCAUUACAUUCAACAGUUCACGUGCUUCUGCUCGGUUCUGACAAUGACAAUGAUCAGUUUCGAGCGAUUUCUUGCCAUCGCGUAUCCGAUGCGAAAUAUAUGGUUUUCGAGUAUUGGGAGAGCGAAGAAGGUGAUAUUAUUAAUAUGGCUCGCUUCCGCUUUACUGGCAAUACCAACGGCGGUUCGCAUGGAUUACGAGACAAAUCUAACCCUAUCUGGCCAGCGAGUUCAUUGGUGUCGUCGUCGAUUCCCCAACCAAUUUCUGGGUUAUCAACGACGGCAGCUCAAUAAAGCCUACGCCGUCUACCAAAUGCUUCUUCUCAUCGUUUUCCCGGUCACCACAAUGUCAAUUUGCUACGCGAGAGUUUCGGCAAUCGUCUACAAAUCAUCCAAGGACCGAGUGAUACUUUCACAAGCAAUGGUUGCCUUCUCAAAAGCGGCAACCGACGCGGUCACCUUCUCCGGAUACUCGGCGAUUCCGAUGCUGACGACUUCGAGAAAUUUGAAAACCGCGACGACGACUAUCAACUCGUACAGCAAACACCGAUCGAAUCGUGUUGUCGAGGCGAAUAAGAAGCAAAUUGUGCAAAUGCUGAUCUCGAUUGUUUGCAUGUACACAUUUUGCUGGCUUCCGACAAUCAUUGACGAGCUUCUAACGUCUUUUGGCUAUAUCUGCCGAACGUCUAACACGCAAACUCUGAAGCAUAUGCGAAUGGGAUUCAACGCAUUGACAUACUGCCAGUCUUGCAUUAAUCCGAUUCUCUACGCAUUCAUCUCUCAAAACUUCCGUUCAACAUUCAAAACCGCCUAUUCGCGAAUGAAGAAUCGCCUACAGGGCGUUGAGGAAAUGCGCUCUCGAAUGGGCUCGUGCUCAUCGGCGAGCAUGAUGUCGACACGCCAUCAACACCGCAUUUAUGGCAGCAGCUUCAACACUCUCACGGUUCCCGGCCGAUCGAUCAUCACACCAAAUAUGUCCCGCGACGUCUCGCAGCUCUCAUUGUGCCGGCCAACAUCGCAAAUGUCAUUCUACCGGCCGAAGAGCCCAAUGGCUCAUGAGAAUUCGACAAUCAUCGGCAGGCAUCGGCCGCCAUCGCCGACCGACGCUUCUCAUGAUUCGGGAAGACCGCGAAGUCCCACCGAUCUUUCGCAAUCCACUCGGCCAUCCAGGCGAUCCUCGUCUAUUAGACCGCGUAGUCCGACAGCAACUUCGCAAAUUUCGUCAGUGUUCGCAAUGAAUCGAUCAAGAAGUCCGACGAGUCAUUCAGACGCUUCGGGCAUUUCCCAAAAUAGAACACGCAGUCCCACGCUUGUAUCAAACACUUCUUCAAACCGGAGCAUCGGCGAACGAACAGCCGAUCGGCUCAGUGUCCGCGACGCGCAUCGACCGAAAACGCCGCCCGUCGCCGUCUAG